GCCCGCCAAGUUCGUAGACGGGUGCACCUCCUUGUGAUCACCCCACCCACUUCGCGAUGGCCGCUCAAGCACAUCCGUCGGAUCGCGAGAGCCUCAACAGCUCGAAAGCGGCCUCCCUGGAUGCGCCGACAAUGGUCAGCGGCACCGACGACAAGGCCGUAGACGGGGUCCCCCCGUCAACUCCUUCGGCGGCUUCUAAUGCUCCUUGUGGCCCAGGAGGGCCACAAGCACCGGCCGUAUCGUCCCCCGUCGAGCUUCCACUCUCCCGCCGCGUGCUUCUGGUCGCCAUUACCAUGUUCGUUAUUGUCCUGGGCGCCGGAGGACAGCAAGGUCUCAACAUUGCCUUGCCGAGUAUGCAGAAGGAUCUGGGCAUUGCCCAGAACGAUCUGCAGUGGAUCGCAUCGGCCUACGGUCUUGCGUCGGGGUGUCUCGUCCCGCUGUCUGGCCGCAUCGCCGAUGUCUUUGGACGCAAACUCUGCUUCAUGAUCGGUAUUGGGUGGUACGCCGUAUUUAACCUCGUCGGCUCCUUCCUCGACAAUCGCAUCGCCGUUAUUGUCACACGCGCUCUCGCGGGCAUGGGCGCCUCGAUGGGCGCGCCCUCUGCUUUCGGACUGAUCGCUGCCAACAUUCACGGCAAGAACCGAGCAACAGCAUUUGCUAUCUUCAGCGCAGGUGCACCUCUCGGCGCUGGUACAGGCAUGGUCCUUGGAGGCGUCUUCACUGCGUAUACCGAGCCUGGAUGGCGCGCAGUCUUGUGGUUUUUUGCCGGACUUGGGUUCUUGGCUGCUGUAUUGGCCUUCUUCUUUGUGCCCAAAGAUCAGCCCAACCCGAAUGCCGACAAGCGCAUCGACAUUCCUGGCGCGUUUCUAGUGACCGCUGGACUCGUGCUCUUCCAAUUCAGCAUCUCGUACGGCUCGAGCGCGCCCAAGGGCUGGAAGACACCGUAUAUCGCCGCACUGUUUCCGGUUUCAGUCCUCCUCCUUGCUGCCUUUGUAUUCUGGGAAUACCAUGUGCAGCAUCACACCAAUCGCCCACCUCUCAUCCGCCUGGCGCUCUUCACGCGCGCCAAGGGCCGACUCGCCGCCAUGUAUCUCGUAGGCUUUAUUGCCAUGGCGGGCUUCGUUAGCAUCGGUUUCAACGCGACACUCUUUUACCAACAGGUCCAGGGCGCGAGCGCGAUGACAGCUGCACUUCAGUUCCUCCCCUGCAUCGUCUCCGGCCUGAUCGCGACUCUCUCUCUAUCCAAACUCAUUCACAUCAUUCCCGGUCAGGCAAUCAUUUGCACCGGUUUCUUGUGUACAGGUAUCUCUGCGACGUUCUUCGCUGUUUCCAAACGUGAUACUCUGUACUGGACUUUCCCUUUCAACGCUGCGUGGCUUAUGGUUAUUGGCGUCGAUUUCCUUAUGGCGACCGGGGCAGUCUUCGUGUCACGCCUAGCUGCACAGGGAGAGCAAAGCGUUGCUGGUGCUCUCUUCCAGACCCUUAUGCAGUUGGGAGGCGCUCUUGGUCUCGCCCUCACCUCUGUUAUCGCCACUACCGAACGUGAGAAGGCACUUGGCAAGGGCUUCGAAUAUAUCGACGCUUUGGCCAAGGGCAUCUCCGCAUCGUUCUGGCUGUGCGCCGCCCUCAACUUCACAGCGUGUAUCAUUGCUCUGUUCAUUCUGCGCGGCAUGGGCAUCGUUGGCGGACACGGAAAGGGAGGCAAACCAGGUGGGCCGGGUGGACCAGGCGGGGCAGGUACACCAGGACCUGGCAAAGCGCCAACCGCGGAGUCCGCCAGUGAGAAGACCGAGAAGCAGGAGAACGCACGUAAGGAGCAGGUCUAG